AUGGCGACGGCGACGGCGCCCAGAGCCGUGGAGGCCGACGAGAACGCCACCCCGAGGCGCCCCGUGCCGCCGGCGAGGUCCGCGUCCCCGCAGAGGAAGAAGGUCCUGGGGGAGCGGAACAGCGGCGACAGCCGCAGCCGCGGGGAGGGCGCGUCGGCCCAGCCUAAGGCCGCCACUAGCCCUACCCCUGCGUCCCCCACCGGCCGCGCGACGGGGGCGGGGCCGUACGACCCGAAGACGAACUGCACCACGCCGCGGCCGGAGUUCCUGCGCUACGACCCGAAGCGGAGCGCCGAGAUCCUCAUCCGCCUGGAGCGCGAGGCCGCGGAGGACGAGGACCUCCUCUCCGGCGUCACCUCGGGCACCGAGAUGUCCGAGCCGGUCUCCUCCGGCUCGUACAGCGGCGACUCCGAGUGCGACGACGCGGACGACGAGGAGGAGGCGGUGCCGGCGCGGGGACGCGGCUGGGCGCGGCGGCUGUUUCUCCUUCUCGUCUCCGCGGCCUGCCUGCUCUGCUACGUCUACUGUAUGAGUUCCUCCACCCCCUUCCCUGCUACCUCAGAAGAGUCUCUCGAUUUCGUCGGAUGGAACGGGAGCAUGCGUGGUGUGGGCGGUCAUGAAGUAUUUUCUCUGCUGGGGCCAGUUGACAUGAUGGGUUUGGAGGAUGGACCUGAAGCAAUUGUGUGCCGGGACAGUGAAGAUGGCAUCCCUUUGCGCGGGCCAGGAGGUUCUCCUAGCAAUUUCAUGGCAGUUGCAAUGAUGGGGAUGGCAGAUGCUUGCCCCAACGUUCCUUUCGGGGAAUUCUCAUGCCAGAUUGGGGAUGAGAGCAGCGAGAACGUGGAUGUUCUCAAGGAAGAUUCUGAGAUAGGCGAGCUGGAAUCAGAAGCGGUAACAGGGGGAGAUGACCUUGAGGAUUCCUUCGGUUCCACUUCCACCCACAGCCAUGAUACCAGCAUGGAAGAGGACAAGCUAGGAUUAGUUCACCAAGAGAAACGCGGAGUUAAUUCAGAGCACUCCAUGGAGAAAACUAUGGAACCAGAGAGUGUGAAGGUGGAGAACAACGAUGAGGAGCUACACUCGCUGGAGUAUGGGAACACAGCAGAAGCCGCCAAGGAACUCGGUCGUAUGGUGAAGAAACUCUGGUCUGCAGUGGAACCUCAUUUGCUGAAGAUGUUGGCGUGCCUGUCUGUUGCAGCAGCCUUUGUGACUGCUAUGCUCCUCAAGUAUUCCCGAAGAUCUCGUAAGGUCCAUGCGCCCGUGUCAAAGCGCCAGAUCCACCUGCCAGCCUUAAUGUCCCUUCAGUUGGUCAUGGGAAUCGUGAUCAGAUGA